AUGUCUGCCGGCGAGGUGCUUCCAGAUCAAAUCAAGUUGGGCGAGGGUCAUACCAUGACUUUCCUUCGUAACGAGCCAUUCCUCACGCGCAUACAUGUAGCUGCUGAUGCAGAGGCCUUUGCUGCGCCUCCCCACUGGCACGACACACACGCCGAGAUCUUCAGAGUCAUCAAAGGCCAGGUCGAGUACACUAUAGGCGGCGUCACCAAAGUCUACACCCCAAGUGACGGCGAAAUCCUCGUCCCCAGGAAGACAACGCACACGUUCACGACGUUUAAAGGCGUCGAAACUAUCUUUGAGGAGCGCACGACGCCAAAGGACGAUGACAAGGAGCUCUUCUUCCGAAACGCAUUCGCUGAUGGUUUCCCUAAGAAUCCCUUCAAGAUGUUUCCUGCGUUCUACCGCGGAGACGCCUUCUUGGCACUGCCAGGUGAUUUCAGGUGGCUCGAGAAGUUUCUUCUGUUCAUACUGGGAGGUAUUAUUGCUCCUUUGUUGGGCUAUCGCACGAAGUACGAUUCUCUGAAAAAGGUGUAA